GGUGCUUUAGGAAGGAAAAAAUAAGAGGUCCCCGCAGGAUGCUUACGACUACGGUACUUUAAAAACUGACUUGACCAGCAGCGGGUCGUCCCCUCAAUUCGCUCUGGCGAGGGUUGCAAUUUGCAUCCCAGUUAUGAUUUAGACGCCUCCGAUCUUCCAGUUUUCGGUUGCGAAAAGUCCCAUAGUUAGUUGCCUGGCUCCUAGGUUCGCGUGAUUAGGUUUAUUAUGGCAACAGCUCCCGGCAACCGCCUAGGUGCGGAGAGCUUAACGACGCGCCUUUUAAGUGCUGGAGGUGGGAGAGGCGGAGGCGCUGGGGCGCAGAGACCCGGGCGCAGGGCGCGGGGUGCUAGGGUGCAGGGGCGCUUCAGGGAGCGCGCGGGGGCAGACAUCCGUGUCCCGCCGGAGGAGCGCGCGGCGCGCAGCAUGGGAUGCGGGCCUUCCCAGCGGGCUGAGGAGCAGAGAUGUGUCCGCGCGCCCAGGAAGGGCUGGGAAGAGGGACUCAAGGCUGAUGUUGUUGUGACUCAUUCUGGGGAGAAUUGCAGACUGCAGAUUGAAGCCGCGCUGAUCCAGAACAGUGUGGGGAACCCCGAAGGCCUGGAAAAACAAGUCCAGUUGGAAAGCUUGCCUGGAAUCAUUCCAGAAAGUUCCCCAUCUCCUAACCAAAGAAACAUAAGAAUAAAUUCAGACUUAGUGACCAAUGGAUUAAUCUAUAAACCCCAACCCCUAGAGAAUCGAGAACGACGAAAGUCAUCAGACAUCCUGGAGGAAUUGAUUGUUCAAGGAAUAAUACAAAGCCACAGCCAAGUAUCUAGAAAUGGAGAAUCAUAUGAUGUCAUGGUGAACACGACUGAGAAGCCUCUGAGAAAGCCACCAACCAGGCUGAAAAAGCUUAAGAUCAAAAAAGAAGUAAAAGAUUUCACAAUGAAGGACCUAGAGGAGAAGAUGCAGGCGGUGGAGGGACGCAGGAAGAUUAAAGAAGAAGAAAUAAGAAAAAGGCUAAGGAGUGACCAACUUUUACCCCCAGCGAAUCACUCAGAUUCAGUUGAACCAAGUGGGGUUGAGGUUCCAUUUGCCAAAGGACUUAAUCCUGUGAGUUCUGCCAUGUGUGAACUGUCUGACCUGCAAGGAAGAAAGCCAUUGAAAAGGAAGAAGAGUAAAAGUGAUGUGACUUCAAAUGAUAGAAACUACAGUUAUGAAGUGAGGCCCUCCACUUCAACAGAUGGCAAGAGAGACAAAGAUGUAGAACACCUGGAUACUGGGAACUGCUGUAAAACUCUAAGUACAUGACUACUCACAAAACCACCUGAAGGUUGAGGACGGAAAGACAGAGGCUCAGAGGUGCUAAGCACUUGCCACCUUCACAGAGCACUAGCAUUAACUGAGGAUGAAGUUUGUGUCUGAACCAUCUCUGCCUCCAAUGAGCUAUCAACCCCAACCCUGCAACAUUAAAAGAAUUCCCAAAAACUUCAAAUGUAAAUGUGACUUUUUUUCAUGAUCAUCUUUGUUUCUUUUUUUGAGGAUGAUUUAUAUUGAGUAUAAUGGGAAAAACUUAGAUUUCUAAAAUAUAGCCUCCGGGAUCAUGCUACUUUUAUGUGUUGAAAUAACAUAAUUGGUUUUCUCAUCCUUAAAGCAUAAAGUUUCAAACAACCACCAGGGUAUUUCAACUAAAAUGAAACCACAACCUUCAGGAAGUUGUGAGUCCGGAAGACAAGAUUAGGUAAAUACCUCUAUAAUCAUUUUAAUUGGAGGCAACUGAAAAAUGCCUGUCUGUACAAUAUUUCCUUAUGAAAGAUGGUCUUGCUGUGUCAAAUAGAAGAUAAUUUGAUACCUAGUAAAUCCUUCAGCUUUUUUUUUGGGGGGGGGGUACCUUAUGGAUAACUUAUAUUUACAAUAAUAUUAAAAAGGUGUAUUUAAAGAUAUUUCACACAUGUUAAUAUACAAUGUAAGAUGCUUCUGUUUGCAAAAGUAAUUUUGUAAUCAUGGACAAAAAUAGAAUUUAUCAGAGUAUUUAUUAGAGAAAUUAUUAACUAUCAGUAAUUUAUAGUAAUUUAUGCUAAAGUGACUACCAGUAAUUCAUAGUGACUACCAGUGCCUGUUUCUGUUUGUUAUUCCAUUAUCAGCAAAUAGCUAGUAUUUGAAGGAGCAAUUAUACGAUAAAUGCUGCAUUCUGAAGACGUGUAAUGCCAUGGUGUGUCAGUCGAUAGAUGACUUUAGCACCCAUAUAACCUGUCUACUCCGCCUCUUCUUGAGGACCAUGUAAUUCACGUCUCAGGACAUCAAUAAAGGGCAUUAUUUUAAAAUAAACUGUGGGAGAUGACAGUUAUGGUCUGUCUGUGUCACUUGUAUUUGGUUUUUAAAAAUAAUACCUGCCUCAUUUUAAAUUACAUUAGUAAUACAUAAUAAGGAAUACUGAAAAAACAUAAGAAACAAAAAACACCAGGAAUCCAACAUUUUUUUUCCCUCCCACCAAGAUAACUGCUGGGAACAUUUUGCUAUGUGUACUUCAACACUUCUUCCUUGCAAAGAUGGACUCAUGCCACACAAGCUGUUUUAUAACUCGCUUUUUUCACUCAACAGUAUAUCUUUCCAUGUAAAUAAAUCUACUUCUACAGUGUCAUUCGUAAUGAUAUAACAUUGUUUCAUUCCUCUAUUAUGUUUCUAGGACGUUCCAAUAGUUAAGGACAGUCAGAACACAUGUUUUCAUUUCUGUAUUUAUAAACUUGUCAAGUAAAAUGGCUUAAACAUUCCCCCAUUAAAGCAGAACAGUCUGAACGCCUUGGAGGGCAGAGCUGCCAUGCUCACUUUCCCAGCACAGUGCUUCCUAUUGUCUUUAUUCUCAGUCACUGGCCUUCGGUGAGGGACUGAGAGGGCAAAUGAACCCUGAAGGUCAGGUGCAACCAGUUUUGCAAGUCCACCUCCAGAUUUUUCUGUUCAGGAAGUUGAAUUCAUCUCAUCAGUUUCUAUUCAUUACACUGAGAUCUGGAGGAUGCUUUGAAAGCCCAUGUGGUAAAGAGAAACAAAGCGUGACAGUUAUAUCUUAUGAGUAUGUUGGAGUUAAUUUCUCAUUGAUCAGAAAUAAAGUCUAACCACAUUUACAAAGUGUUAAUGACAGAAAACUGUUUUGCAGUUGAGGGUCUGAAACUUUUUUUCUUGUCAUUUUGAAACAAGAAAUUUUAAAAAAGACAACACAAGAAAUUAUAGUCAGAAAAAUAAAGUGAUUGGCUGUUUUAAUUCCUAAUAAUUAAUAUGUAAAUUUCCUCUCUAUGUUAUGCAAUUCAAUCCCUAAACCAAACACAAUAUGUCAUUUAAAAAUGUAUGUGACAACAAUUUAUGCUUUUCCUGCUUAAUUUAAAAUAAACAGCAGGGGGCUGGCUGAGUGGCUCAGUUGGU